GUGCCAGCCUUGGUCAAUUCCUGAUAGUGCCUUCCCUAUUUGAUGAAGCACACCAUAACGAGCCCAAGCCGCCGCUGAUUACCACCGAUUUCAGCCCAAAUUCCAUUGGCCCGCGCCGCCUAAAGUACCAGGUUAGGUAGCGCCUGCAGACGCAAACAAUUAGCUGAGUCCAGCGGGCUGGGUCAGCACCAGUGCACCAGUGCACCAGACAGGACACCGUCUUCUCAAACACCAAUCGUUCGUCAGCCGACAGCUUGAGCCCCUCCCUCCCCAUUCAUCUACCGACCAGCCGGCGACGCCAUCGACAACCGCGACCACUUCUUUCUUCUCACCACCCGCCAAAACCACCGCCCGCGGGCGCGGGACUCCAGACACCCGGCUCCAGGCACCGAGACGACGGCGCACCGCCAGCUACCACCGCCAACCUCGGGGCCUUCGCCAGCACCACGUCGUAGCCCUCGCGAGGGAGACAUGCCGGCGAUGCAGGCGCAGCAGCAGCACGCCCCUCUCGCCGCCGGACCCCCUCCACUACUUUACACGAAGCGCCUCUCGGGCUUUCUGCAGUCGAGCCUCUCGCCCCAGAUCCACUCAGCCAUCGUCACCACCCUGUCGGGCAAGCUGCUGGCCUACGCCUCCCGCCACCCCGUCAGCACCCUGCGCACCCAGUGCACCGUCGCCGCCUCCAUCUGGGCCAUCCAGUCCGCCGCGACCCCGCCCUCGACCGCCGCCACCACCCCGAGCUCCGCCUCGGCCGCCGCAAGAGGCCGCGCACGAGCACGCGCCGGCGCCCGCGACCGCAGCAGCAGCAGCGCGAGCAGCGCCGACGACAACGACGACCGCGAUGAGAGCCCCGGCAGCGACGACACAGCCGGCGCGAGGGGCAGCAGGCCGACCGGGAGCGCCCUCGCCGCCGCCCUCCCGCCAUCGGCGUCCGCAGAGUCCGUCGACAUCGCACGCGCCGGCCGGCCGGCCAGCAUAACCGUCCAGCUCUCGGGCGCCGUUGUCGUCAUAAGACCGCUCAAGAGCCCUCUGCUGUUCAUCUGCAUUGGUCCUCGGGUCCGCGGCCGGCGGCGGCGGCGGCGGCGGAGACGCUGGUCCGUCUGCCGCGCAAACCGGUGCCGCCGCCGCCGCUCCCGCUUCUGUGCACGUCGACGGGCCUAGAGACGAGGCAGAACGAGAGGGCCCCUCGACAUCGGCAGGCGAGCAGCAGUCCAACACAACCCCUGCCCACCCAGCUGUCGCACCGGGCACGGACGGGGGCAGCAACAGUCUAGCACCACAGGCACCCACGUCGGCGGCGGUAGUGGGGUCGCCGUCGGAGACGACGAGUGUGCUGAGUGGCACUAGCGCCGCGCCGUCCACCACCGCCACCAGCGUCGGUGCCGCCGCCGCCGGCUUGACACGCCGACACACCGAGGAGCUGGCCCGGUGGCUCGACGAGAGGCUCGACACGCUCUGGGUCCCUGACGAGGGCGCCGGGUGCUCUCUAGAGGCGCGAUGAGUUGGGAGCACUCUCAAAGUCCCAUGGCGAGAGUGGAAAAAAAAAAGAAAGGAAGAAAGACCAGUAGCUCAUGACAGACGGCGACGUCUUUUGGUGCAAGUAUUGUCAUUCUGUGUGUGUUUCUUUGUGGUAAAAGGGGAGUAUAGAGAUAUUUUGGAACGAGACGCCCCAUAGGCCCGCUAUCAUAUCGCCCAUUUGCACAGCGAGUUGGUCCGAAGCCAUACGCAGAGCCAUUGACGAGCAAUAGUCCAUCCCCAUGUUUAAUCAACCACUACAUGGCGAUGGCGUAACAGAGCACCCCGGGAAGCAUGGCCGAUACACGCAAUAGGGAGCCGGGACGCCGAUUUGGAGGGUGUCCGGUAUAAUCAUGGUUAUUUUAUACGGGGUAUGAGUGCGCGAGGCAAUGAAAGACUCGGGGCACGCGCAUUUGGAUUAAUAAAAAUAUGACUUUGCAAAAAAAAGAAAAUCGGAAAAUCGACAUGAGUACCCA